AGGCGAAAGGGUUAAGUGUAAGAAACUUUUUAUUUUGUGGAGAAUCCAAUAAUUUGUGUAAACAUUGUUUUACAUACGUGUUCUGUACUUCGUGUGGUUAUGUAGGCUGAGGGUUUCUGUGUUUUGGCUACAAGGUAUGUGGGAGAAAGCCUUGUCCACUCACCAGUAAUUGGAUAAUAUAUUCUCGUGUACCCAAAAGUGACAAUCUGUUCAUCAAACACUGUUGGUGUUGAUGUCACUGUGAAAUGGCCUCAGGAGACCACAAAGGUGUUGACGACAUCACAAAGUUUCGACGCUUUAUACAUUUUGGAUCAGAGGAUGGAGUUUAUUUCCCUGGGGAGCGAAGUUUUGGAAAAGAAAAUGCUCAGCUUAUUGCGAGAUUGGUUGGUUCAGGGAAGGGAGAAGACAUCGUGUCAGAAAUUGUAGGACACUGUAAGACAGAGCGACCUGUUCGACCACUUGCGUCCAUUUUUGCACUGGCUGCAUGUGCACGAUCAAGCGACCUUAAGACAAAACAUGCUUCGUACAAGGCAUUACCCACAGUGUGCAAAACUUCCAGUGACUUGUUUGCCUUUGUAGGAUAUGCUCAAAUUAUUUGUUCAGACAAUUCUUUCGGGGAGGAGAACAAACGUCCUCGACCCACAGGCUGGGGGAGGGCUCAGCGUAAUGCUGUUAGUCUGUGGUACACCAAUAAAGAGCCCAAGCUGCUAGCGGAAGACGUUACAAAAGUUAAACAGCGUGGAGGAUGGUCUCAUGUUGAUCUGCUGCGACUAGCUCACACGAAAGCUGCCAAGGAUGGCACUGCUGUGGUACUGAAGUACCUGGUGAAAGGCCUGGCCGAGGUGAAGAAACUGUACCCUGUGGACGGUGCAACAAAUGAGGUGAAGGAGGUAUUGUCCUACCUGGAGGUGGUGGACACGGUAAAACACUCCACAGACGAGCACCAGGUGGCUCGCCUCGUGGAGCAGCACCACCUGCAGCGGGAACACCUGCCCACCAACAUGGCCAAGUCUAAAGAGGUAUGGAUGGCCCUAUUGACUACAAUGCCCUACUACCUGGUACUCUCCUGUCUUGGGAAGUUGGCAUCUCUUGGAUUGUUGGUACCUGAAGGUGAUGCAACAAAGCGAGUGGUAGAGAGGUUAAAAGACGAUUCUGCUCUGGCUGACUCAAGAUUGCAUCCAUUCAGCAUCUUGGUUGCGUGGAAGGUGUAUGAGCAGGGACGUGGUGAGAAUGGGAAGCUGAGGUGGAUGCCCACCCCAGCCAUACAAACGGCGCUCAACUCGGCCUUCUACAGCUCCUUCAAGAACAUCCAGCCCACCAAUAAGAAGUUUGUACUAGGGAUCAGUAUCACAGGCUCCCUGGCUCUUCAGGGACUUAAUGGCACGCCCGCAGUGUCGGCAGCCGUAGCAGCAGCAACCAUGGCACUGGCCAUAGCGCGCACAGAGACUAACUACCAGCUGGUCGUCUUCUCCAGUGAGCUACGACCGGUCAGCCUGAAUAAGGACAUGGAGCUGAUUGACAUAUGCCGGGCUAUGGCUACAGAGUCCACCAAGAUCCCACUGGGUGUGGCUAACAUGUGCCUGCCAAUCACCUGGGCCACCGACCAGAAGAAAGAUGUGGAUGUCUUUGUGAUAUACACUGAUGCCCGCUCAUCCUCAAGUCUGAUGACCCCCCUCGAGGCCCUCGCCCAGUACAGGCAACAGGUUAAUCCUAGGGCCAAGUUGGUAUUUUGUGGGAUGGCACCCAGCACCAUGUUACUGGGGGCGGGGGAGGUGCACGGAGUUCUCAACGUAGUCAACUUUGACCCCUCAGCCCCGCAGGCCAUUGACAGUUUUAUUGGCUGUGAUGUGUGACGAGAUACAUGGAGAAAGCUAUUUUUUUUUUUUUUUUUUUGUUAAUUUACUGCUACAGAUGCUUUCAACUAACAAGCUACAUUCCUCGACUCCUGGAAACUUGUCCCGUAUCAUUUUAUAUUGCAGAUGUGAUCUUACUUUGCAAGAUUCCAGUGUCUGUGUAGGCUUGGUUUAGCAAUGAGCUUCCUACUUGUAAUGAGUUGACCUGUAGGAGCCCGAGUUUAGGCAUCUCACACAUUUACAUGGCAACGUUUGUGGAAGCGUUUUAAACAUUUUCUAGAAGUUGUGGAAGAAGUCCAGUUUUCUUAUAACAGUUCAAAAAAAAGUGAAUAGUUUUGUUUGUAGGAAGUCUGACUAUUGUUGUUAUGGUAGAAAUUAUCUAGUCUUUAGCAUUUGAUGUGUAGCUUUUACCUGUUGUUAAGUCUUCACAAGUUGUCUUUAUAGUGAUGCACUACAUUUUCAUUUUGAUACUCGUCUGAUUUAAAGCAAGGGAGAUAAUCCAAGUUAAGGGAGCUGGGAGAGGAAGAUUUAAAAGACAGAUAAGGCAUCUUAUUAUCAUUUGUACCUGGCAUGUAUACUGAUUUAGUUUUAACUAGAUGAUGUGUCUUGAUAUUCAGUAGCUUCAUUGUUUCUGAUAUUUGUUUCAUAAAGCAAAACUAUUUUGUAAGGAUACUUAGUUUGGUGUUCCAGUUCUGUACUCAGCAGCAGUGCCAGGCCUUGGCUUCGUUGAAAUGGACGGACAGUGUAUGGCAAAGGUUUGUUUAAGUUAUAGGAAAAUUUCAGUAAGCAUGGCGUACUGAAAACCACAGGUUUCAGUGUUAAAAUCUGGACUGCAAAACAGACUAUCCUAGAAUGAACAAUAUGACUUCACGCAGGUAUGUAGUAUGUGCCAGCGCUUAGGUUUUUCCAUGAAGAAUGCAAUCAAACUUCACUAAAAACUUUUUUAAUGUUUAAUGCUGUAGUCGGAUCAAUCGGUAAGAAUUGAGCGAAAUGCUUCAUUUGGAAGAAAGCUAAACUAGGUGAAUUACACUAAGCUGAUGAUAGGUUUGCUAAUCUGUCAUAUUUAACAGAACUGAAAAUGCCCUCACAUUGGUACAUAUGUGCUUUAUACAAAUUUGUUUCUUAAUCAACUUGUGCAGUUUUAAUUUGAUUUUUUUAUCAUUUAGAAAACACCUCUUCUUAGUCAACCAAUGAGAUUCAUGUUAAGAGAAAUAAUGUUUUCUGGAAAAGGUCUCAGCAAAAAUUUUGAAAUCUUUUGAAGCAUGCAUUUAUCUUGUGGGUAGAAUUGAGUUUUCUAAUAUGUAUUUCGUGCAAUAGGUGGUUUUUGUUUUAUGUUAUGGGCAUCUGGGACAAAUUGUUCAUACAGGUAUAAUAACUUUAAAAUGAAUGUUAUAAUCUUUGCAUCUGUGUUGUAAUACAAAAGAAAUGGAACAGAAUGUAGCUUAUCCACCACCAGGAUUAGCUAUUCCCACAUUUCAAGUUUAUGCAUUGUACAUUUAUGUAGCUUGUUUUGUUAUAAUUUUGUUUGAUCUGCGCACAAGGAGCACAAACUCUUGAACGUUUUUUUUCAGUUUGUUGAUAAAUUUCGGGCUCGUUCUUGUUUUUUUAGAUGUUUUCCUCAUUGUGUUAUUUGAAACACAUGCGUCAGUCUUGAGCUAAAAUAAAUGAUGGGUCUUCAGUUUGGAAAGUUUGGAGCGUAUAGCUUGGAAUAGGAGAGUUCCGAGGUGGCAUUCUUCUAUGGUUGAAGGAAAAAAAACACCCUACUUUACCAUGUGACCUGUCAGAAUUUUAGGCAGCUAUUUUUGAUUACAUUUACUGUAAUAUGUGUGCCUAAAAGGUUUCACAAAAAGUUAGUUAGAGUACUGUGUUUCACCUGAAGUUUGAUGUGUAAAAAUGUGUUUUCAGAAGCACACAAAGUUUUUAAAAUGAUGCUCUUGAUGAUGCUCAAGACAUAAAAAAUUAAUCAAAUUUCACAAAAGCACAAAAAGUGCCCUGUAAUGUGGAUCAGUGUAUCAGAAUGAAUCAAGUCACUUGAAACUUCAGGUGAAAAACAGUAGAUGAACGAUGAAGAAAAUUAAGGUACUGAAGGAUUGUGAACUUUAGGACUUUCUGAAGGAAAAUAUCGUUUGCGUAUCCAGAACCAGAGGAGACAGGUGGUCAGUAAAUUACAUUUAGUGUCCAGAAAACAUUUUUGACAAGUCACAUGAUAGGGAAGGAUUAUUUUUGCCAUUAGUGACAAAAGAGUUCAAACUGGAAACUCCCCUGUUGUAUUUUAAGAUCAACUGCUGUUUUGUGUUUGUAGUCUUCAUUAUGGCACUUCCAUCAGUAUUCUCAUUUAUAAGUUGACUUCUCUUUUGUAGGUUGAUGAUUUUAAAGGUUAAUAUUAAAUGCAUGUACAUGUAUUUGACACUGAUACGUCUUUGAGGUCUGAUGUAUUUUUUAUUAUUUAUUAUAUUUUUCCCUGUUAGCUUAUAUUUGAAAAUUUAGCUUUUUGCGACAGAAAUCAUUGUUGACGUUUUGGCUGAAUUUAUACAGACAUAUGUUUGAAUGUUAAAACGUUAUGAUCUGAUUUGUUUUGCAAGCUUUGUAACUACAUGUUACAUUCAUUUGUAUUACAUUUUGUGCCAGUAUGAUAAUGGUAGUCCUAGUCACCAAACUCAUGAGUUUGUAAUGCAUGGUUAACUGGAUCAUGUAGAUUGGCUUACGGCUUUUUAUCAAUAUGGCUGAUAAGAAUACCAACUACCAGUCUCUCUCUUUCCAUAAGAAGUGCAAGUACUGUAAUUGUAAGACUGGUCUUUAGGUAAAAAAUUUAAUGAUGAUCUGUCUAGAUAGCUUGGAUGAUCUGAAAUUUGUUGGACUGGAAAAUCUUGUUAGAUUUUCAAUGUACAUGCACACAUUAGUUUUAAUUCUAAAGUGAUCCUUUAGUAGUUGUAUUUUGCAAUAAACUAUUCCUGC